CCUGCGACCCUCGCCAACGACACCGAGUGCAAGGACGCGCCAGACAUCAAGUCGGGCCUGCCCAUCGUCUACCCUGCGGCCCUUUCGCAGCACGGGGUGGCGACGAUGAUCUCUAACGACGUCGACCGCAAGGCCAUGCCGAGCAUCAGCAUUGGUUUGCCCAUCGUCUCCGACUCCAACUGCCCUGGCCUGUCCUACCCGUGCAGGCACAACAGCACAGGCUACCAUUCCGCGGUCCUAGCACAGCAGAAGGUGACGAACACGCCCUCCAACGACGGCGAGCGCAAGGCCAUGCCGAACAUCAAAACAGGCUUGCUCGUCGUCUACGAUUCCACUUGCCCCUGUCCGUGCUGCUUCGAGAGCUACCCGUGCAUGCACAUCACCACG